GUGAACCUGCACCCCAGCAGCGUGAUUUACCCUCAGCUGCCGACGGCGCUGUCAAGGGAGGAGGGUUUGGCCUUCGGCAGCAUCCUCCAGACGCACAUGCCUUUCCUGACGCAUGUGACACGCUGCCCCGUCGUCCCUGUUGUGCUGCUGUGCGCCGUUCGUGUAGACAUGGCGGAGGACUGCCGUAUGCUGAUUUGCGACCAGUGGCUUCAACUUACCUUCGUGGACACGGAAGAGCUACUUUGCUUGAUCGAGGAUGCUCUGCUGUUGAGGUUUUCUAUCCAGAGCGCCCUGGACAGGGAGGUCUUGGAUCUCUUCGAGGUCGAUUGUGAUGACGACGUGCCCUGCGACGCCGGGGAUGCGCAGGCCGAUCUGGAGUCGCAGACCCGGCGUGCGCCGGCCAGACUCAGGCGUGCAGUGCAAGGAUUACCGGGCAAGCAACUCAAAGGCUACGACCUAACUCGCCGUGCUCUCACCUUCUGGCAUCGGAAGGCGGAAUUCAGCUGGCAGACUCUCAUGCCGAAUGAGUAUGCGGCCUUCAGAGGCGGCGACACCGCGGAGGCACCGCUGGCAGCGGGCGCUGGAAGUUGGCUUCACUUUGGAAGCAUCUCAGAGGAAAGCGUGAAACCUGAAAGCUCCUUAGUCUCGGACCACCUGACUGUGGCCUACAGCU